UCUAAGUGAAAUUAUUCGAUUGAAUUUCUUUAAAAACGAAAAAAAACAAUCACGUCACGAUUUCAUAAUCGAGUUCGAUUUUAGUACAUGUGUCAAACGGUAAUACCAAUCGGUCAGAAACGUCAACACAAAUACCCACAUAAAAAACGUCAAAACGAAGAAAAAAAAAACAUCAAACGUAGCUAAUUCGUGUUGAUAUGCCAUUUUUGUUGUAUCCAGAACAUUUGUUUCUGUCGUAUUUUGCUCCAGUUUAGUGACAAUAUUAACCUACGACACAAUUUAAAAUUUAAUUUUCUUGAUUGAGUGUAACAUUUUUAUUUAGACAAAAAAAAAAAAAAAACAACAGAAAAAUGGAACAAAUUGAAUCUCGUUUGAACGAUAUGUCGAUUAUUAGUAAUGAUGAUAGCAAAUGGGGAUGGUCUCUCACGGAUCUUUAUCGCAAUGCAUUGAGUUUUUACAAAGAAAAAGCUGGAAAAGCCGUACAGUUCACAUAUGAGGAUAAUUUGAAAUUGGUCGCAUUUUCGCAACAAGCAUUACACGGUCCAAUUACAUCGGUUGAACUGCCACCGCUUGGCGCAUUCGAUGUAAUCGGUCGUGAUCGGCGUGUUGCGUGGCAAAAUUUGGGCACUAUUACUAAAACACAAGCGAUGGAAGGUUUUAUCGAUUUAUUGGAUCGGUCGUGUGCAGCAUUCAAACCAUAUGUGGAAGCCAUUAAAAAGGAUCGCGAAGAAAAAGAGCGAUUAUCCCAAGAGCAAGAAAGACGACGGGCCGAACAAUUAGAACUUGAACGACAACAGGAAAUCAAUCGAAAACUAUUGGACGAACAGAAAAGCCGUGAAGAGCUUCAAAAACGUAAAUUACAAGAUGCUCUCAAUCAACAGACCUAUGUGCAAUUUCGCGCAUAUGCUGAAAAACAAUACCCAGGCAAUCCAGAACAACAAGCGGUUUUGAUAAGACAAUUGCAACUUGAACAUUAUCAUCAGUAUAUGCAACAGUUGCAUGCACAAAUUUCGACCGAACAAAAUGAAAAAUUGAACUGUCAGGAGGCAAGCAAUGAAGUGGUUGCAAAUAGUGCGGUCAAUGCUGAUGUGAGUCUAUCGCCAAAAGAAAAUAGUCAAUGUGAUGUUAAAGAGGAAUGUGAAAGUGAAGAUAUGGAUUCGGAUGGAUUUCCCCCGAUUCAGGCAGCACAAAUGUGGACGAAACCAGAUAUCGAUUUAUUCAAAACAGAAGUUGCGGCUGGCAAAGGCGAAGGCAUUAUCAAAGUUGGCCAUGGUGACAUUGUAACUGUUCGCGUUCCGACCCAUGAAGGCGGAAGCUGUUUAUACUGGGAAUUUGCAACUGAUGGAUAUGACAUUGGUUUUGGUGUAUAUUUUGAAUGGGGAAAAUCUUCAUCGAACGAAGUACAAGUGCAAGUUUGUGAUAGUGAUGACGAAGAAGAAGAUGAUGAUGAUGAAGUUGAGCUUCAACAAAGUAACGAUAUUGAAUCAGGUGGAAAUGGUGUAACAAAUGGUCCUCCAUCGCCUGUGGCACGUUUUCGGCCUCCGAUUUCAAGUGUGGUUCCCGUCUAUCGGCGUGAGUGUCAAUUAGAAGUGUAUGUUGGAAGUCACAGUUAUCCAGGCGAAGGAGUCUAUUUGCUGAAAUUCGAUAAUUCGUACAGUUUAUGGCGAUCGAAAACAUUGUACUACCGUGUUUUUUAUACCCGAUAAGAUAUUACAAUGGGCAAGAGUCAAAAGAUUUUCUCAUCACCAUAUAAUUUAAAAAUCAUUUUAUUUUAAUUAUAUCAGUUUAAAGAGUCAAAACAAUUUCUGGCUACAAGAGUAGAGAAGUCAAAUUUGGUGAUGAAUUUUGGUCGUGCAAUAGGUGUUUGCAAAAUGAAAUUAUUUUUUUUUCGUUCGUUUGUAAUCAUUAAUUUACAUAAUUCAAGUGCAAAGCAAAUCAAGGAUUCGGAUGGCAAGGAUUUUUUUUUUCAUUCCACGCAUUCAAACAACAAACAAUUUUAAUUGGUUUUAAGUUUUAAAAGUAGUAGAAAAUGGAUGUUAACAUGUGAGAUUGUUCACAAACAGAAACUAUACAAAUUAGAUAUACUAUAUCCGUUUCCGUAUAAUUUGAAACAAUAUCGCUGACGUAUACGCUUUGAGCGAACGUUUACACAUGCUCACUGUGCUGCGUAUACUAAAAUCGGACUUUUCUCUUCAAACAAAUAUUUACAUAAAUUUAGCUGAAUAAAAUAGAAUCAAUUGUUUCAACGAAGAUGUAUUUAUAAAUUGCUGAUGUUUUGUGCUCUAAAUAAAUGUUCUUCAACAAAAUGAGUGGAAAAUCCCCAAACAAAA